CCCUCCGGCCCUCCCCCCCGGGGGUCUUUGGCCGACGCACCUCGCCGUCGGGCAUGGAGGCCACCGCCGCUCCCCAGCUCGAAUCCUUCUCCGGUGAAGCACGGGCUAUGGAGGUGUGUCCAUGCCGCCGCGGCCUCGGUCGGAGGUGGAGGAGCGAGGAGGUCAUGGCGGCCGGGGCGGCGAGUUUCGCGGAGCGUCGGGCCGACAUGGGGCGACCACGCCGCCGCGUUCCACAUGCUGGAUACAAUGGCGACCACACCACCGGCGAGCAGCAGCAGGCUCGAUGGAGACGGGCGGCGUGCAGGGGAGAGGCGGAGGCUCACCACCAGCACGCUCGUCGGAGAGUUCGGCGAGCAGCAACCCACCACCAGCAGGCUCGCUGGGUGGCGCUGCGGAUCCUGCGUUGGCGCGGCGAGGCCUCCUUCCCCUCGUCCCAGCCGUAGGAGGACACACAGUUCAAGUCUUCAUGGCAAGUUUUUGCUGCACUGCACUGUGAGGCUGUUUGCUGCAUCUGCUAUUUUCUUCAAGUCUAAUCGCAUUGCUGUUAUAAAGGAAGAUGCAUGCUACGACCGUGUUCGUAGUCUCGUUGAUCAGCUCCGGCCAUGGCUCCGAUUCUCAGUGAGGAAGCCAGUAGGAAGUAUAUCACUCUGCUUUUGUUAAUGCACUGAGCCGCUGUGCCAUUUCCUGGCCGCCGAGCCUUCAAAUUCGGCGCUUCGACGGAAGAACGGGGGGACUCGCCCAUCUACUUCGCCAACUCCGGUAACAUGCGCGAGAGGAUCACCAUGAACGGACCAGUUCCAAGGGCAAGACCGGCGUGCAGUACAUCGUCCUCGACAUGG